AUGAAAUUGGUGGAUGCCCGCAGAGCCGUCCUGUGGUCUCUGCGACCAAAAAGGCCGACUGCUAUAAAAUCAACACGCCCAAAACACUCAAAGAACAAACAUUCACAAUAUAAUGUUGUGCUAAGCUCCCCCGACGCGUUGGAAGUCGAAGACGUUGAAGAGGAAGGAGCUGACCCAGCGCGUCGCGAACAUCACCGAUUGGAGGCUGAGACGCAGCGGGCCGCUGCAGGAGAAUUUGCAACUGCAAGGUCUCACAUCCUGGGCAAGAGACGGCGACUCGACAUGGGGCAGCCAGACAUUGCCAUCCAUGAGGAUGCCGACGACGUCUUCCAUGACGCUCGUAAUUCGCAGAAACUGCGCAGACACGAGAUGCACCAGUCGCACUACGACGAGGAAGAUGAAUCCGUCGCGGGGUCCUGCUCCGAGGAUUCGGAAGAGAGUGAGGAUGAGGUUGACGAGAGUGUCAUGGAAGACAUGCGUAAACUAGAGGAGAGUUUCAAAGGCAUCUCUGAGAAGUACCGCCUGAUCAACCGUAUCGGAGAAGGAACAUUCUCGACGGUGUAUAAAGCGGAACAACUCCCUCAGGCCGAUGAUUUUGACCAGGAGAACAAUGUGCCCGAGGAGGUGCUUGAUGAAGAUAUGCCACCAUAUAAGAGGCGGAAGACCAAUUCUACAGACCUGCGGGUGCGAUCUCGACGAAGGCCGCAGAUUGUGGCCCUGAAGAAGAUCUACGUUACUUCGUCCCCUCAUCGAAUCCUCAAUGAACUAGAGCUGUUGCACGAAUUACGAGACUCGCCGUACAUUUGCCCCUUGUUGACGGCAUUUAGACACCUCGACCAAGUCGUUGCUGUGCUGCCCUAUUUCAAGCACCUGGAUUUUCGACUAUACUACCGCGAUUUCUUGGUCAACGACAUGCGUCACUACUUCCGUAGCUUAUUCAACGGACUGUGGCACGUUCACAAAGCAGGAAUUUUACAUAGAGACAUCAAGCCGACGAAUUUCCUCUACGAUCACUCAAAACGACAGGGAGUGCUGGUUGACUUUGGUCUUGCUGAGCGUCAGGGCACAGACUGGCAACAGUGUCUUUGUACGGAACUCAAGGAGCGACGGAAAGACAGGUUCCUCAACUCAAUUGCCAUCCAGACGCUGCAGAACCAACCUGAUCUGAUGUCGAACGGCCAUCCCAAGAAUGAUAGUCGACCAUCUCGACGGGCAAACAGGGCAGGCACACGAGGUUUCCGGGCACCGGAAGUUUUACUCAAAUGCACCUCGCAAACCACCAAGAUCGACAUCUGGUCUGCAGGUGUUAUCUUAUUGACACUUUUAGCACGAAGAUUUCCGUUUUUCAACAGUGCUGAUGAUGUCGACGCUAUGAUCGAAAUUGCUUCUAUUUUUGGCCGGAAAAAGAUGAAGGGUGUUGCUGCUAUGCAUGGCCAAAUAUUCGAAACCAACAUUGAAACCAUUGGCGAGCGUGGAUUUACGCUCGAGAAGAUUAUCCUGUGGGCAAGCUGUCGAGAAAAGGAACAUGACCAGUUGCGCGCAGGCGAGGCGCAGGCUGUUUCGUUCUUGGAAGGCCUCCUUGAACUUGACCCUGCGAAGCGAUUGAGCGCAAAAGAAGCCCUACAGCACGAGUUCUUCACGGCACCUGUCGAGGACGAAGAAGAGCGCGCAGAGCGUGAGGCCCAAGAUGCUCUCGAAGAACAGCAGAGACUAAGGCGUCGUUGA